AUGGAGUCUCUCGUUGUGACUCUGGCUUCCUGUGCUGGCGUCGUCUUGCUGCUGCAAUACAACUACGCUACAGUUCCCGUGGCAGCUGGAUGUGGCGUCGCAUUCUUUGUUCUGGGAACAAUCGUACACAAGAUUGGAAGGGCGCUGAUAUACCCAUUCUACUUUUCUAAAUUGCGAAAUGUCCCGGGGCCAAAGGAUAAUCAAUUUCUCGUCGGCCAAGCUAUUCGCCUGCUGAAAGCCGCUGGUCCAAACGACUUGUUUCUCGAGUGGGUGCGCAAAUGGCCCAACGCGCCCUUCAUUCGGUAUCUUAGCUUUGGCAACUCAGAAGUCCUCCUCGUGAAUAGCCUGGAAGCAGCUCGCGAGGUGUUGCAGGUGUAUGCAUACUCGUUUGUGAAGCCGAGCUUCCAAGAGAAGCUGGUGGGCGAGAUGAUGGGCACUGGGCUCUUAUUCGGAGUAGGCGAGCCGCAUAGGCGGCUGAGAAGAAUCACGGCUGGACCCCUUUCGAAGCCCAACGUGCGAAAAAUGCUGCCGAUUUUCCAGGACAAGGCCAAGGAACUAUCUGACAUGGUUGACAAGGCGAUUGCAGGGGAGGACAAGGGAGUGGUUGAAGUUGAAUCUUUAUUCAACCGAACAGCCUUCAAAGUCAUCAGCACCGCGCUCCUUGGAAGGGACAUUACAAACUUCAGGUCCAAAAGCUCGCCACUCACUUUUGAACAAAGUUACAAGGGAAUCCUCGACCCGCCGUUUCUGGGGAAGCUCAUCAUGUUCAUCAACCCGGUUAUUCCGCUGCGAUGGCUCCCCAUCGAGGCAAAUCUCGCCUUCAUCCGGGCCAAUACUUCUAUGAGGACGAUGCUGGCUGAGCUCAUACAAGAGCGCGUGCAACAAGUGCGGCUUCAACAGAGCGAGGACAAGGUGAAAGGUGGCCAAGGCGAUGAAAAGCCGGAGAAGAAGGAUUUUCUCACGAAUAUGAUUGAGGCGAAUCUUUCCGAGGGCAAGGGGGUCUCGGAGCAAGUCUUGGUUGAUACGGUCAUACAAUGUGUCUCUGCCGGCCAUGAAACCACAGCAGGAACCCUCACCUGGAUCACACACGCACUCACCAAGUAUCCCGAAAUCCAGAAACGACUUCGCCAAGAGAUCGUUUCAGCCCAGCAGAAGCAGCCAGAGCUCAGUGCGGCAGCCAUCGACAGCAUCCCGUACCUCAACAACGUCGUAAGCGAGAGUCUGCGAGUCUAUGCGCCCGCCCUCUCCGCGCCAUGGGAAACCGGUGAAGACGUCGUGAUUGCAGGCGUCGCCAUCCCGAAAGGAACCACCGUCACCACGAUUCCCGCCAUGAUCCACCACAACCCGUCCAUCUGGGGAGCAGAUGUCGAGGUCUUCAACCCAGAUCGAUGGGACGCUGUGACUGGGGCCGUGGCCAAUCCGUUUGCCAUCGAGGCCUUUAUCAACGGCCCGCGAACGUGUCCUGGAAGAGCAUUGGCGCUGCUGGAGAUUAAGGCGAUUGUUGUGGAAUUGCUCAGUCAUUUCCAUCUGGAAGCUGUAAGCGAUGCAGACGUGGAGUAUGUGCAUCCGGCGUUGACGCUGAAACCGAAGGGGGGUCUCAAUAUUCGGAUGCAGAGGCUGUAGGAUAUGCUGAUGCCCCGUGUUGAAGUCAUUGCGGAUGGCGAAAUGGCAAUAUUGCAGAUGGAGAGAAUGGCUGUCAGUUAGUGUAUAGAAAGUUAAAUACACGGUAAUUAUCAGGCACUCCCGUCUGUCUAAAUGCUCUUCUUGAU